AUGUCAAAAUCUAGCUAUAAUUAGCAUAAUUUUUAAUUAGUAUAUAAUUAGAUACAUGUGCGCCUUCAUCACUCGUUGUUCAGUCAGUAUAUAUUGUUUUAGCUACAUAGAAAAUUAACCAUGAAUCCAAAAUUGUACUUUCUUGCCUUGACGCUCAUAGCGGAGCUUUUUCUUAUGCAGUUGACUUUAGGGGAUGCCAGGAGUGUCUCUGGUGCUUCAACCACCAGGAAUGACACUUCAAUCCAGAAACAGAACGAGACCCAGAACUCCACUUUCAGCCUUUCAGUAUCGAAUGGAACAUCUGUAUCUAGGCUUUCGGCAUCUGUUACCCCUCCUCAAUUAUCGCCAUCUGCUGUGAAGCAUAUCCGUCGUCAAAAGCGAGAAUAUUCAGUAGAUAUACCAUUUGAUUUUAUCACAAACCAUAUGCACUGCGACUUGGAUCAAGCGGGAACUGAUAAGAUUCUGACAUUUUUCCCCUUUAAUUGCGUUUGGAUUGGAAACAAUCGCCACCAACACGAGGGCUGGUGGCGCAUAUACAUGCACGCAUUGAUGGAGGCAUUCUUCUUUGGACAGUACUACGAACGCUUGAGACGCUUCGAGCUCGACCCGCACUCCUUCGACUACACGGGUGUGGGUUUCUAGUACUCUAUAGUCCCCCAUAAAAUGGGUGCAAAAAUAAAAUUAU